ACGAGCGCGUGAACACACUUGUGCCUUCAGACUGUGAUAAUCGAGUGAUUUCAUACAGAGACUCAUCGAAACUCGGAGUUUUCACGAAGUACCAAAGUAUCGAAUUUUUUGAGGAUUAGCAAGAGCUCGGCCGCUGCGAUGACGCAUCGCGGCACUCAUACGAGGUUCAAGGCCAUGAAAAUGUUCGGUGGUUCUUUUCUUUCGUUAUUUUUGCUUCUGGAGAUGGUUCUGAGCGAAGAAACGACAACGAUAUCAGCAGCGACGACUUUAGGAAAGUUGUAUCGACAGGCACGUUCGGAGCAGUAUGGUUAUGCAAGUCGAUACGGCUCUGACAGUUCUGUGACGUCCGGCGCAAUUGGAAUUCGUCCGGAGCCCGUGGAGCACCGGGACGCUGCUUAUUUCGAGUCACGGUGCAUCACCUGCGACCAACGUAAACCUGCUGCCACCAAUCGAGGAUGGAGGCAGCGACCGAGAAUGGGCUACUACGAGGAUGACCUCGAGGAACGUAGGUAUCGGGAUCGUUAUGACGAUCGCUACGAAAGAGGCGGUGCUCUAGCGCCCGAAUACGAGUACGAAAAACCCAGAGGCCCAGGCUACGAGUACGACAGACCUAGAGGACCUGCCCUGGAAUACGAUCGAACGAGAGGUUCUCCUUACGAUUACGAUCGUCCAAGAACACCCCCUUACGAAUACGACAGACCCGAUCCGUAUUCACGCAACGAAUUGAUUCGCCCGAUCCCAAUGAUGCCCUACGGAGAUCGUUACGAUUCUCGCUACGAUCGCGACCGCAAUUACUACGAUCCACUGUACGAUCCAAGGUACGAUCCCAAGUACGAUCGCAAUUACGAGCGUGGCAACGGCUACGACAAUCUCGAUCUACGCUACCAAUUCUACGGGGGUCGAUACGAUCGUCACAGCGCGCCCAGAAAGCCCAUCGAUCCUUACGACCCCGUAGAUCCUUACGCCGAUCGAUACGAUCGGUACACUCGCAACAAUUAUUGGAUGCGAUACGAUCCUUACGAUCGCUAUGAAAAAUACGAUCCUUACGAUCGAAACCAAUGGCGGAGACCGUACGAAGAUCGGUAUCCAUCGCGCGGGGGCCCACCGGACUCUCGAGGCUACCAAGCCUCUGGUUCCUGGGGACCUGGAUACGACCGUGGCUAUGCCAGUGCCUGGAAUUAUUCUGGUACUCGAGACAGCUGGAGAGAUUACAACAGAGAUCCUGGGAAUGGUGACAAUUGGAGGGACCUGAAUCGCGAUCGUGACAGUGGGGCUUAUCGACCCAGAGAUUAUUUUUACGACAGCACUGCAGCUCCGGGGGCUGGAUCUCGUGUGACGAGCUACCUUCACGAUCGACCGGAAUCUUCUACCAAAGCAGACUCGACGGAUCGCGACAAGCCAACUAGUUCACCUCAGUCACAGGACAAUAAAGUCUACCAAGAUUAAAAGUCAUGAGGGGCCAGCUAAACAGCUAUGGGACGAAGGAAAGUUAAAUGAAGAAUUAAGAAAAUUAUCGAUUGGACUUGAGUCUGAAUUAAGAUCGCUGAUGUUUCGACUGCCACUAUGCGGAAAUUCAAGUGUAUUUUAUAUCAGAAGGAGCUGCUCAUUGAUAGCGCAAUCUCAACUUUCGUUUUAAAGCCUCCUUAAAUCGGCUCCCUUCUCUUCGAAUCUCCUCAGCCCGUAACGAACAUUGCGCCGCAGUGCCGGUAACUCGAUCAGGAGAAUUUGGCGUUCUUCCUCUUUCGCUCACGUCGACGUGUCUUCGUGUACGAUCAUUAAAAAGAGAACGUGCUUGAUUAUAUUCGUGGAAACUCGUCGAAUACGUACUGGGUGUUUCAAGUUUUUGGAUCAACUGCCUUUUCAUGCUUAUAAGAAAGAACUUUCUACUUUAAAAUUUUUAUUUUCGGACAAGGAAAUCAACGAAGAAGAUUUUCGAUGAAUUCCUUCGAAAUUCACUGACGUGUGAAAAGGGUGAAGUCCGUGUCCUGGAAGUCCGAUUCGAUUUCCCAUCUCGGAGCUCAUUGUCAUCGUCUAAUUACGAUUCCUAUUUUUUUUCCCUCGACUGCACCUCACAAAAAAUGUUCAUUUUCAUGAAUUUAUCCGGACGCAGCAGCCUGCAAUGCUCCACUAGAGACACCCUGUACACUGGCAAUGUUCUUACGGCAACGAAAUCGUGAUUUUAGAUUAAUGUUAAGAGCGAAAGCCCAGUUAAACGAAGAAGCUUUAAUUUAGUCAUUGAAAUGAUCCUUUUAAUUCCACCGGUUUAUGCUCUCGUUCGUUUUAUCACUUGGCCAAAACGAGAUGCUUCGCGAGAGCCGUUCCGUAUCAUUUUUUAUAGAAUUUUUUUUUUCCCCCACGGACGUGUUCGAGUUAACAAGUGUUUUAUUAUUCUACAAAAUAAUAUUAAAUAUUCAUCAUUGAAUCGAGCACAGAAAUCGAGCGAAUUGAGAAAGAAUUUUUAUUUUUGAAAACAUCAAAAUUUCUGUAGCUUCGAGCUAAAGCAUUGAAGAAAUCAUCCACAGAUUCAUAGAUUCCUGAGAGUGUCAUCAAUUCCCAAGAAUAAUUAUGGCUUUAUUUAUUCUUCGUAACAUCAUAAUUCCUCUUAAUUUAACCACUCGAUGUAUCAUUACGAAUCCGUAGUUUUUUACAACCUUGAUACAAUAAUUAAUAAAGAACUUAUAAUUA